CAAGCCUGGCAACAACGACAACACACGGCCACCAUAUCGCCCACCCAUCAACGACGACGUGAGAAUUGGAUAUCCACGACUGUGCGCCCGCUGAGAUUCCGCCUUUGCACUCCUGGAGACGAUUCAACAAACCGCCCAUUUCAGCCGGCUUUUGCGAGUACGCCCAGCCACCCUUUGACGCAAGGUCGCGCUCUGCACUCUCCCUCUCGCAACGCAGAGCCGCGUGAGCUAUCUUUUCCAGGAGACCGAGCCAUCGCAGAGGCUUGAGAGGGACCCGUUCGCUCAUACGAUCGCGCAGAUGUUCAUUGGCCGUCGGCGGUAGGCGCAUGCGACACUGCUCUUUGAGCCUGGCCUUGUCCACUUCGAUCCCCCACUCUCCUCCCAGCAGCCAAGAUAGAGUCGACAGAGCGGAUAAAGGUCGAAGCGGGAGGCGUUGGGGGGUUGUCGAGAGGGGUGGAGAGACCGGAAGGGGACCCCAAGCUGGAGAGUAUGCCCGGAGUCAUCAUGGAGAACGGGAGGAAUGGAUCGCAUACGAAUCACGACAGAGAUCAAAGGCCGAAUGGUGUUAAUGGAGCGAAUUACGCACCCGAGAGGAAUCAGGAGAAGGGGAAGGGAAAGGCAGAUCCACAGCAAAAUAUGACACCCAUCAGCCCUACUAUCCCGCAUGGAUUAAAUGGCAGCUUCAUGGACGCUUCACAACAUCAGAAUGGGGGAGGGAAUGCGAUUCCACACGAUAUGCAAGAUCGCAUCAAUCAGCUACCUCCCGAAAUCGCCCAUAUUACGCAGGGUUACCUGCCUCUCUCUCGGUUACUUUCUCGUCUGGCGCAGAAAACUCACAGUGAUCUAUCAAGCACGAUUCUUGAGUUGGCUCAGAUGCCAGUUCCUUCGUCUGCUGUUAACGGAAACGCCUCUCAUAUCACUACCGUGGAUGACAACUCGGCGGAAAACCUCGCCAAGAAGCUGCGAAUGCUGAAGUUUGCACAAGAUGCGCAUACAGAGUGGACGAAAGCUUUAGUCAUUACGGGAUGGAGUCGAAGGGCGGAGGAUGUGAGUAGGACAAUAGAUCUGAAGAUCCACUUGGACGAUCAAAUCCAGUUCUACGAAAACGCAGUGUACGAGUUGGGUGAAGUCAAGAAAGGGCUCAUACACGCGCACCUGCCAAAUCCUGAUUUGCCAACUGCUUUGGAGGUCCUGACAACUGGGAAAGCGUCUUGGAUGCCAGAUCUUGGUUACAUUCAGCCACCUCCACUAACAGCGAAGGAAAUAUUGAAAUCCCUGGAAAAUCUGAAUACGCUUCUUUCCAUACGACUGAAUUUGCAUGACUACGACAGCAUUCCCUUACAAUUCAAAGACUUCACAAUAAAGUCAGGUCGUGUGACUUUUAAAGUUGCAGGAGAAUUUGAGAUAGACCUCACAAUCGCAGACGAGGAUCCCGAGGCCCAGUUCUGGUUCAUUGACUUUCGAUUCAUGUUCUGGCCUUCAGUUCCUAUUCUGGCCCCGAAGAUUCGAUAUCAUAUCGAAAGCAGGGUAAAUGAGGCUUUGGCGAAAGAUGGCCUCACCGGAUGCUACAAGUAUCUUCAUGAACUGGCGUUGACGCACAAGAUCAGCGAGUUUAGAAAACAAGCAAUCGAUUUGGCAAGAGCGAAGUGGAUCGACGCUCUGAAAGUGGAGGCGUUGAACAGGGCUCUUUCUGUUCAGUACUGGCUUGACAGAUAUGGCCCUAAAGGUCCAAGAAGUUGGAUCAUUCUUGGAGUUCACAGUGGCAAGCGGAAGGAUGGCCGCCCAGACUCCAAAACUACCAGCAGGCUAUUCGUCAGAUGGUUCCGGGACUCGAAAGAAGUGCCAGAUGUUGAUGUUCAGUUUGAUACUGUCAACAUCACUACUCAAUCUCUCCUGAAGACCGUCAUUGCGAAACACGUUAGUCAUAUACUAACAUCGAUCCAUGACACUUUGGCGGCGAAACCAUUAUUUGCAAAUCGGGAAUUGGCCUUAUCUCUUUCGGUUUCAUUGACUGAACCGGCCGAAUCGAAGCUGGAGGUGCAGCUGACGAACGAGCAACAUCUGACGGUCAAGAUAGAGCCCAUCACUGGUCGCUUCGUGUUCAGUCCAGCAUCGCGAGUGACUACCGAGUGGGAGAACUAUCUCAAUGUCAGAACUAUAAAUCCUGCUCUCGACGGGCAUACUUACAUCGAAAGACUACGCCGUCAACUGCUCGCAGAAGAGAUCGUCAAUCGCGCGCUAAGCGUUGGAUGGAUAAUAGCCAAUCCGGGAUUGAAACCAGAUGUCCUGCAGCCAUUCGUACCGAAAGGUCCCUUCCCCCCAACAAUUCUCUGGUUUAGAAGGGCUGGGUGGCUGGAAGAUUGGUGUAUUGCUGUUAUCAUGGGCGAGAGCGGGGAGCAAUGGCUGUUAUUCGAAACUGCUGAUGCCCCCGCCAAUACCUCGUCCAGUAAUGUUAGCCAAAGCCGCCGAAUCAUGAGUUCCAUCCAAGUCCCCAGCAAGCUUGCUUCGCCAGUUCCGAGUUACGAAUAUCUGUUAACGCUCAACAUAUUUGCCGCAGCACUUGUUUCCCAUUACUGCAACCUCCGAACAUUGCACGGUAAGCGUGCUGCUCAUAUGCUCCGCCCAAGCAGACCAUCAAAAGCUGUCACGCUUCCAUCUAUUUAUGUUCGUUUGAGUGAACUCCUUGUGUCGAAGGGUAAAUCUGCCCGAACAGGCUUGCCAUGGGCCAGAGAUGUCGUCAGACUUACCUUUCAGGGUCUGGAAUUACUUCCGCCAACAUCCGCAGACACAAUUGUAUCAGUCGUCGAAAACCAAACACCUGGUGAUAUCGUACUACGGCGCCCUACUAGUCAAGAGAUUGCCGUUAUGAUCACGGAAGCACGCAUGAGUGUCCCGGAGCCUAACGGGCCUAAUGUUCUUAUCAACAUCAACGAGAAGGUGGACAAGGACAUCGCUUUUGACCCCGAGUCAGGCUCCUUCGCAUUCCGCUUGCGCAGUCGAAUCGGGGAAUCGGUUAUCCCAGACCUCGUUGAGCGUCUCGUUCGCGUGGAACGCCUUGUCGAAUUCAUUCAAGUGCUUCAAAAGCACGAGAAGGCAUUGAAAUGCGAAAGCGUAUCUCUUGGGAAGAUCGUAUUCACGUAUGGAAACAUCUCAGCUAGUCAUGGGCUAGAUGCGAUGGAGCUCGAUGCGCAUCCCUACAAGGCAACCGUUGAUUUUAGUGCCAUGGAGAACAAUAUGACACUAGUUCUUGAGCGGGGCAACCCACAUCUUCGAAUCUCCGACUUCUUAGCCAAGGUCUUGAAUGGAUCAGAAGGACUUGAUGGCGUUGCUAGUAUCCUUCCUCUUACACUCCCAGUUCUACGCGGUCUUGACGGCAUCGAGAAUGCAUGGACCCCGGCUCCAGACACGGAUAAGGGAGAGGUGUUCGUCAACGUCAGGGCAAUUGACUGGUACAUGAUCCGAUACAACCUGAAGCAAUCGGUUCCAGCCCCAGAAUCCCCCCCAAGAAUACGAAAGGUCAUGCUCGAGGUGAAACUGCAGCACCGCAGAGGGGAUCCUUGGUGGUACAUCAAGCGAAGCGUCAAACGAAGCGACACAGCUUCUCGGAUCAACAAAGAGACGGAUGACAUUGACGUGGCACUGAAGCCAGUGUGGACCUCGGAAGGUCCUGGAUGGCGAGGUAUGCGUGUUAGUGCGGUUGCACAAAUCAAUGGCGUGGAAGAAUUACUGGGGAAGUUGGAUGAAGUUAUCCGGAAUCUCCCAGUUCCCGAUGACGAUGCUCCUGCAGCUGCUCCUGCUACUGUCCCCACUGCUGCGCCGCCAAAACAGCAUGCUCGACCCCAAGCUCCAAAGCAACAGCAAAGACAACAACAGCCUACACCAAACCAGGGCCGGAUCCAGGGUCAGAGCCAGGGGAGGAACAAAACCUUCAAACAGGAAAUCGUGGAGAUCGAUUAAGCAACAAAAGUCAUUGGGCGGGAGAAACGAAACAGGGAGCAUAGCAUUGGCGCGCGGAGGUUACGAUAGUCUCUUUCCGGAUAUAUUUUGUGUUAAGACGGCGUUUAGGGAGGACCAGCUGUCCUCGGCGUGGAUUUGAUUCAUUUUACCUAUGACUCGGCGUUGGGUGGCAGUCAUGAGGCUGGCACCGUAUAUCAUCGGGUCAUGCGAUUUAUUGAGCAUGCGUGCGAAGUAGUAAUAGAGCACAACGUAUCUAAUGAAUGAGAUGACUUAGGUCUCUUUGAAUUGUUUCCGUCGUCGAGUAACUUGGGUGUUUG